UUUCCCUUCUUUUUUUAGGGUUAGGGUUUGUUUAAAAUCACAACAGCGACUCACAAUCUCUCUCUUUCUCUCUCUAUCCCUCUCUCUCUCUCUCUCCGUCCAGAUUCAGUGUUAGAGAGAUGAUGCAACCAGGACACGGCAUGGCUCCACCCACCAUGGUGCAGCAGCAACCGGCGCAGCAGUACCAACAGCCGCCGCCUCAGCAGCAGCAGCAACCGCCUUACGCCAUGAUGCCUCCCCAGGCUCAAGCGCCGCCGCCUCACAUGUGGGCCCCCAACGUCCAGACUCCGCAACAGCAGCCCGCUACCGCUGAGGAGGUCCGCACUCUCUGGAUCGGCGAUUUGCAGUACUGGAUGGACGAGAAUUACCUCUACACCUGCUUCGCUCACACCGGCGAGGUGACGACUGUGAAGGUGAUUAGGAACAAGCAAACUUCUCAGUCGGAGGGUUAUGGGUUUAUAGAGUUUAACAGUCGUGCUGCUGCUGAGAGAGUGCUGCAGACGUUCAACGGGGCGAUUAUGCCGAACGGUGGACAGAAUUUUAGGUUGAACUGGGCUUCUCUCAGUGCUGGCGAGAAGCGCCAUGAUGAUACUCCUGAUUAUACUAUUUUUGUUGGUGAUUUGGCUGCGGAUGUUACUGAUUAUCUCCUUCAGGAGACAUUUAGAGCUCGUUAUAACUCGGUGAAGGGGGCUAAGGUUGUUAUUGAUAGGCUCUCUGGUAGGACUAAGGGUUAUGGUUUUGUGAGGUUUGCUGAUGACAGUGAGCAAGUGAGAGCUAUGACUGAGAUGCAAGGGGUUCUGUGCUCGACAAGACCAAUGAGGAUUGGUCCAGCCGCUACUAAAACCCCUGCCACCAAUCAGGGUCAGCCGAGAGCUUCCUAUCAGAACCACCCUCAAGGCUCACAAAACGAGAAUGAUCCAUCUAAUACAACUAUUUUUGUUGGCAACUUGGAUCCUAAUGUCAAUGAUGAUCAUUUGAGGCAAGUUUUCAGCCCAUACGGAGAAUUAGUUCAUGUGAAGAUUCCAGCAGGCAAGCGAUGUGGAUUUGUCCAAUUUGCAGAUAGGAGCGGUGCUGAAGAGGCACUACGGGUUUUAAAUGGAACACUGUUGGGUGGGCAAAAUGUCCGUCUGUCAUGGGGACGCAGUCCUUCUAACAAACAGGCUCAGCCAGAUUCAAACCAGUACGCGGCUGCUGGUGGAUAUUAUGGAUAUGGUCAGGGAUAUGAAAAUUAUGGUUAUGCUCCUUCUGGUCAGGAUCCCAAUGCGUAUGGCAGUUAUCCAGGGUAUGCGAAUUACCAACCACAGCAGCAACAGCCACAGCAAAUGGGAUAUAGUUGAGAAAUCAGUGCUUCAUAUUUCUGUUCUUUGUAACCCAUAUGCUACUUAGCGAGUUUCUUGUCUCGUUGAAAACCAUUUCUGGUCCUUUUCCCGAUCCCCUUUGAUUGCUUUUAACAUUUAAGUUAUGUGAGCCGACUUUUGUAUCGUUAAAAAAUUGCUUGUUGAAUUCUUAUUUGAUGUUUAGAUUUGAUGAAACCGUCUUUUAUCUA